GUUCUGUACCUCAGAAUGUGAUCACUGUGGCGAACUUGCUGGCUACUUCUACGUUCUCGGGCCUGUGCAGAGAGUCUGCUUCUACUGCUUUACCCACUCCAAGGCCUACUGCCCCCUGUCACUGGCUGAUGCUAGGAGAAGAUUUCGUCUUCCGGUGGAAUGCCUUACUGAUAUCCCAAAGAUGCGUUGCCUGCCUGGUCUUUACGGAGAAAACACUAUUGCCAGGGACCUGACUGCCGGUUCAGCAAUCGAUGCCACACCGAUUCCAUUCCCAGACAGCAUUUCACUUCUCGAUCAAAAUUCCACCCACCGGAAAGCAAUCAUGGUUCAUGGCAGCCAAAGCGCAAUAGAAACGCACCUCGCACGCCAGAGGCUUACCUCCCUCACCUUUCCGCAGCCCACUUCUUCCGCCAAUAAUCAUUCCUUGCGCCAACAGGGAAGUGAUGAUAGUAAUAGCUGGCGUCGCCUGACAACUCGCGUUGCAUCUGAGCACGAGCCUGUUGACUACCAUGUCGGAAAUAUCAAGCGCUGGAUGGCUGUGAUCAAAGUACCGUACUACAAUAAGCAGACAAGACUCACUGAGGAAGGGUUCUGUUGCAGGGCCUGUAGCAACCUGGCUGGACGACGUGGUUAUUGGAGAAGGAGAUUCAAUUCUCAGACUUGGGAUGACCACAUCAGGGAGUAUGGAGAGAUUGUCGGGAGUAAGCAUGUUUCUCCCACGCUACCGAAUCCUUCAGGAAACGCCGCUGCCGUUGGUGCAUGAUAUUUGCAUGUAAAGAUAUUAGGUUGCAUUACAGUUUAUUUCGAAACGUGGUGAGAAGAUUUCAGUUCCAGACUCGGUGAAAAAUAUUGGGUUGAAGGCAGUAUUCAAAUGUUAUGGUCAGCAGUUGUACUUAGGUUCUUUGUGUCCCUAAUAUCACGC